CUUCUCUCUCUCGCGAAUCACGCUCUCUGUCUCUCUGACACUGUGCUUGCUAAGUCCUCUGUUGCAGUCUCCAAUAAUGGCGUUUUCUAAGCCACUUUUCUUUCUCGUCCUCCUUACGCUCUCCCUUUCCCGUGAAGUCGCUUCUUCUUCCUCCUCCUCAGAGAACAAUGGCUGUAGUAAUGGUGCACAUGAACACUGUUCGGUCGACGAACUCAAAUCCACCGUCUCUUCUCUCCAAUCAAUCAUCAAGGAGAAGAAUCAAGAACUGCACAGCAAAGAGGAGCAGAUUAGAGUAUUGGAGUUAUAUAUCCGGGAGAAAUCAUACUUGUUUGAGACUGACAUAGAUUUUAUUCAAUCUGAGAAUCCUGUGAAGCACGGGAGUGAAGCAGAAGAAAAGGUUUAUGAACUUGAGAAGCAGGUAUUGAGACUUAAAGGGGAAGUGGAGUUACAACGUAAUAAAAGGCUCCAAGUGGAAGCUCGAGCUGAAACCGCAGAUGAGAAAGUUGAAGAGUUUAACUCGAAGGUAGAAAAUAUCGAUAUGAAGUGGUUCUUCUCUAAGCUUGGUCUUAAACCGAACAAAACUCAGGCAUAUCUAAAGACUCUAUGGCACCAACAUCUUAGUCCAAAUCUUCAUAUCACUCUUCAACAGGUUUCCUUGAAAAUUAAACAAGUCCAGAAAUGGUCAGAGCCUCACAUUGAAACCAUGAGCUCAAAAUGGAUUCCAAGCAUCAAAGAAGCUUGUGUAACAUUAACCAUUUACUUAGAACCAAAGGUUCACUAUUUAACAGAGAAGUCCAUCGAGGUGUUAUCUAUGUCUAAGCAGGCUUUCACACCACAUAUCAUCCAAGGCUUUGAUGUGUCACGCUACUAUCUUGAGGUAAUCAGGACACAUACAUCCCCAUACACAAGCCAAAUUAUGACCAUAGCGAAACCACACUUGGAGAAAGUACAAGUCGCCUUAGAGCCAUAUACAGAACACGUAAGGCAUGGCUUUAAAAAGUUGGUUGACUCCACCAAAGUCUACCAUCAGCAGGCUCAAGAAAUGCUGAAGAACAAUGAGAUUACAAAACCGGUUGCUACCAUGGAUUUAGCUUGGGUUGGGGCCACGGCUUUGAUUGGUUUCCCUCUCAUAUUCAUCAUCAAAUUUCUUUCUGCUGUCUCCAAUCCUAAGGGGAAGAGGAGAUACAACCACAAACAAGAACCAAGCACUGGAUAUCGACGGGCCAAACGCCGUCAUCCUCACCAUUGAAACAAUAUAAACUAUAACUUCAGGAGAUCAAAAAGGUGGUUUGUAUUUACCUUUUUGGAUAAGACUUUAUUACAGUUACUAGUUUUAGCUGAAGAUGUUUAGUAGAGCUGUUCUCUCUCUCUAUGUAGUGACAAAUCUUAGAACAAUUUUCUUCAGUCAAGAGAAGAGAGAGAAAAGAGUUGUAAAACUUUCUCACAUUAUACAAAUACACUGGUUCGGGAAAUUUGACUGUAUAUCUAUCCCGGCCUAGAUCAAUUGGGCUUGUACAAUUCGAACUAAAAAAGCC